CCUCCGGGGCGGUGGCCGCAAGUGCUGUGGCCCCGGUGGCCAACCCGGCGGGACCCGGGAUGGCUGGGCCGGGUGGCUCCGGGGGCCCGAUCGGGGCCGGGGCCCUGGGCGGUGGCGCGCGGUCCAAGGUAGCCCCAAGCGUGGACUUUGACCACAGCUGCUCGGACAGUGUGGAGUACCUGACACUCAACUUUGGGCCGUUCGAGACGGUGCAUCGCUGGCGGCGCCUCCCGCCCUGCGACGAGUUUGUGGGUGCCCGCCGGAGCAAACACACGGUGGUGGCUUAUAAAGAUGCCAUCUAUGUAUUUGGUGGUGACAACGGGAAGACGAUGCUCAACGACCUCCUGCGCUUCGACGUGAAGGACUGCUCCUGGUGCAGGGCCUUCACCACAGGGACCCCACCAGCACCCCGCUACCACCACUCGGCCGUCGUGUAUGGGAGCAGCAUGUUCGUGUUUGGGGGCUACACUGGGGACAUUUAUUCCAAUUCUAACCUGAAGAAUAAAAACGACCUGUUUGAGUACAAGUUUGCGACCGGCCAGUGGACCGAGUGGAAAAUUGAAGGGCGGUUGCCAGUUGCCAGGUCGGCCCACGGAGCCACGGUGUACAGCGACAAGCUCUGGAUCUUUGCUGGCUAUGACGGCAAUGCCAGGCUGAACGAUAUGUGGACCAUUGGCCUCCAGGACCGGGAGCUCACCUGCUGGGAGGAGGUGGCGCAGAGCGGCGAGAUCCCGCCCUCCUGCUGCAACUUCCCGGUGGCGGUGUGCCGGGACAAGAUGUUCGUGUUCUCGGGGCAGAGCGGCGCCAAGAUAACCAACAACCUCUUCCAGUUCGAGUUCAAGGACAAGACGUGGACACGGAUCCCCACUGAGCACCUGCUCCGGGGCUCCCCGCCACCCCCCCAGCGGCGCUACGGGCACACCAUGGUGGCCUUUGACCGUCACCUCUAUGUGUUUGGGGGGGCCGCCGACAACACGCUGCCCAACGAGCUGCAUUGCUACGACGUGGACUUCCAGACCUGGGAAGUCGUGCAGCCGAGCUCUGACAGCGAGGUCAGCGGGGCCGAAGUGCCAGAGCGGGCGUCCGCGUCCGAGGAGGCGCCCACUGUGACGUCUGAGGAGCGGGGCGCCUUUAAGAAGUCCCGGGAUGUGUUUGGCCUGGACUUCGGCACCACCUCUGCCAAGCAGCCCUCCCAGCCGGCCUCCGAGCUGCCCAGCGGAAGGCUCUUCCACGCGGCUGCCGUCAUCUCGGACGCCAUGUACAUCUUCGGAGGCACCGUGGACAACAACAUCCGCAGUGGGGAGAUGUACCGGUUCCAGUUCUCCUGUUACCCCAAGUGCACGCUGCACGAGGACUACGGGCGGCUGUGGGAGAGCCGUCAAUUCUGCGACGUGGAGUUUGUGCUGGGCGAGAAGGAGGAGUGCGUGCAGGGCCACGUGGCCAUUGUCACUGCUCGCAGCCGCUGGCUCCGCCGGAAGAUUGUGCAGGCGCGGGAGCGGCUGGCCCAGAAGCUGGAAGAAGAGGCGGCCUCGGCUCCCAGGGAGGCCCCUGGUGCGGCUGGGGCUGGGGCCCGGCUGCCUCUGCUGCACGUGGCCAUCCGGGAGGCCGAGGCCCGGCCGUUCGAGGUGCUCAUGCAGUUUCUCUACACCGACAAGAUCAAAUACCCGCGGAAAGGCCACGUGGAGGACGUGCUGCUCAUCAUGGACGUGUACAAGCUGGCGCUGGGCUUCCAGCUGUGCCGCCUGGAGCAGCUGUGCCGGCAGUACAUCGAGGCCUCAGUGGAUCUGCAGAACGUGCUGCUAGUGUGCGAGAGCGCCGCCAGGCUGCAGCUGAGCCAGCUCAAGGAGCACUGCCUGAACUUCGUGGUGAAGGAGUCGCACUUCAACCAGGUGAUCAUGAUGAAGGAGUUCGAGCGCCUCUCGUCUCCACUCAUCGUGGAGAUCGUGCGGCGCAAGCAGCAGCCGCCCCCUCGCGCGCCCUCGGAUCAGCCCGGGGACAUCGGCACAUCUCUGAUCCAGGACAUGAAGGCGUACCUGGAGGGGGCGGGCGCAGAGUUCUGUGACAUCACGCUGCUGCUGGACGGGCACCCGCGCCCGGCGCACAAGGCCAUCCUGGCCGCCCGCUCCAGCUACUUUGAGGCCAUGUUCCGGUCUUUCAUGCCCGAGGCGGGGCAGGUGAACAUCUCCAUCGGGGAGAUGGUGCCCAGCCGGCAGGCCUUCGAGUCCAUGCUGCGCUACAUCUACUACGGCGAGGUGAACAUGCCGCCCGAGGACUCGCUCUACCUGUUCGCGGCCCCCUACUACUACGGCUUCUACAACAACCGGCUGCAGGCCUACUGCAAGCAGAACCUGGAGAUGAACGUGACGGUGCAGAACGUGCUGCAGAUCCUGGAGGCGGCCGACAAGACGCAGGCGCUGGACAUGAAGCGACACUGCCUGCACAUCAUCGUGCACCAGUUCACCAAGGUCUCCAAGCUGCCCACGCUGCGCUCGCUGAGCCAGCAGCUGCUACUGGACAUAAUCGACUCGCUGGCCUCCCACAUCUCCGACAAGCAGUGCGCGGAGCUGGGCGCUGACAUCUGAGGGCUCGUAGCACCCUGCCCUGUGUGGACAAUGACUGCCCUGGCCAUGCAGUGUGCUUGUGACAGCUGCACCUGCUGGGCCAGGGAGCCCCGCCCCUCCAAGAACAGGUGUCCCAGGGAGAUGGUAUGGCAGACCCCUCCCCACCUGGCACCCUCCCCUGGGUGGGGUUGCCACGGGAGGAGGCAGAAGACGACCAGAGAAUGUGGCUUUGCGAGGCUGGGCCUUGCCCCUGUGGCCUGGGUGUUGUGGAUCCAGGCGCUGGGUCCCAUUGCCUGUUUUGGGGAGAGGACUGGCAGAAGGGCUGUGGCUCUGGAGUCGGCCUGGCCACCCUUGGAGCAGCUUGUGAGCGGAGACCAGUGAGGGGCAGGUGUGGUGUGACCCGAGCCGUGAUGGGGCCAGGCCAGCGCGUGUGUCCGGGAGUGGGGGCACCACUCUGCCUCUCCUGGCUGGCAGGACCCCAUGGGCAGAUGAAGGGCUCUUCCCUCCUCUGCCUGUGCCCUGCACAGCUGUAGCGCCCAGGGGGCUGUGGGCAGGUGGGCAGGAGGCCCCGAGCCCCCAGCAGAGGGAAGCAGAGCCAGGAAGCCAGGAAGGAGCCUGCAGCGGCGCUGGGGAGGAAGCAGCAGGCAGCUUGGAGUCCCCCUUAGCGGGCCACAGAGCCGGCUGCCCCAAAGCUUCCACAGGCUGCGGGUCUCACCACAUUCCUGGCGGGCUCAUCCCAACCCCCUUCCCCAGGGCUGGCUUUGCAAACCCCCACGGUGAUCCGCAAGGCCCGCUCAUCACUGCCCCCCACCCCGUGACUGUGAAUAAAUGAAGUGACCGUCUAGAGCUGGAA